GACCAACUUUUUCCUCCAAAAAGAAUCUCUCUCCUUAUCUUCUUCCUCAUUGUAAAUUGUGAUGAUCAUAAAAUCAUAAUAAUGGUGUAUAUAAUUCACUUCACUUUUCAUACUUGUCUUUCCUUUCCUAAUUCCUACGGCUAAUCUUUCACCCUCCCUGCUUCUUUUUCUCUCUCCUCUGUAAUAAGCUCACCUAAAUUUCCUUCAAUUUAUACUCCCUUCAACGUUUGCCACGUUUUCACUUCUCUCUCUCCAAAUCAUUUCCUUUAAAACAAUUCUCUCUCCAGUUUGUUCCACUUUGUCGUUUUCCCCUCACCUCCACCUACACCUUAUUAUUUGCUGAUAAACCCAACUAUAAAACCCCAACUAUAAUCUAAAUUUUUUCAGGAUAAAGAGAAAAUUUUUAAGAGGUUGAAAGAAAUUUAAAGGAAAAAAAUGGAGCGUUAUGAAAUAGUUAAAGAUAUUGGGUCUGGUAAUUUUGGUGUUGCUAAACUUGUUAGAGAUAAGUGGACUAAUGAAUUCUUGGCUAUUAAGUUCAUUGAAAGAGGUCAGAAGAUUGAUGAACAUGUGCAGAGGGAAAUCAUGAAUCACAGCUCUUUGAAGCAUCCUAAUAUUGUAAGAUUCAAGGAGGUUUUGCUGACUCCUACUCAUCUUGCAAUAGUCAUGGAAUACGCUGCAGGCGGAGAGCUAUUUGAACGGAUAUGUAAUGCCGGUAGAUUCAGGGAGGAUGAGGCACGAUUUUUUUUUCAGCAACUAAUAUCAGGAGUCAGUUAUUGUCAUUCAAUGCAAGUAUGUCAUAGAGAUCUUAAGCUAGAAAACACACUCUUAGAUGGAAGUGCUGCACCACGUGUUAAGAUAUGCGAUUUCGGGUACUCCAAGUCUUCAGUGUUGCAUUCCCAACCAAAAUCUGCUGUGGGCACACCAGCUUAUAUUGCACCUGAAGUGUUAUCCAAGAAAGAGUAUGAUGGAAAGAUUGCAGAUGUGUGGUCAUGCGGGGUCACCUUAUAUGUCAUGCUGGUUGGGGCUUAUCCCUUCGAAGAUCCAGCCGACCCAAAGAACUUCAAGAAAGCCUUGAUUCGAAUAAUUAGUGCUCAAUACUCGAUCCCAGACAAUAUUCCAAUAUCCCCAGAAUGCAGACACCUUCUAUCCCGGAUAUUUGUAGCUAACCCUGAGAAGAGAAUAACAAUUCCAGAAAUCAAGAACCACCCUUGGUUUUUGAAGAACUUACCGGUGGAGCUCAUGGAAGGCGGAAGCAGACAAAGCAAUGAUCUUAAUCAACCAUCCCAAAGCAUUGAUGAGAUACUGUCAGUAAUCCAAGAGGCACGACAACCUCUUCAACCGCCUAAUACCAACGGACUUUUGGGUAGUUGUAGCAUGGAUUUCGAUGAUCUGGAUGCUGAUGUGGAUCUUGAUUAUAUAGAAAGCAGUGGCGAAUUUGUAUGAUUAUGGAUAUUAGUUUUUUCAAAAUUACAGUGUUUACAAAAUGUAUCAUAUGUAAAUCAUAUAAUAGUUUCCCCACACAAGCAAUCGAGCAUCAGUUCCAUGCAAAGAAAUGAUUAAAUGAGGCUAUAACUUUGCCUCAUUCACUACAUGUAAUUCCCAUUCAGUGGAAUCGAGUGUAUUUGUGAUUCUGCCUGUCA